AUGUCCGUGGCGGUUGUUCUUGGUGCCCAAUGGGGCGAUGAAGGCAAGGGGAAGAUCAUCGACUUCCUAAUUGACAACGAAAAGGUAUGUUACAGUAUGCAGUGUAAUGUGUUCUGUGUUUAGAUUGAUGUCACAGCCCGAUGCCAAGGUGGAAACAACGCCGGACAUACGGUAAUUGCCAAUGGAAAGUCGUACGAUUUUCACAUCCUCCCCUCUGGCGUUAUCAGCGAACGCUGUGUGAAUGUUAUCGGGAAUGGAGUUGUGGUCAAUUUGGAUGCCUUCUUCGAGGAGUUGGAUAAGAACAACAUCCCCGCCCUCCCCGGAUGGGAAAAACGGAUAUUCAUCUCGAAUCGGGCUCAUAUUGUCUUCAGUGUUCAUCAACAAGUGGAUGGACGACAGGAAGACAGUUUGGAUACUAAAAAGUAAGUUGUUCUUUCAAUGUGGGAACUAUUUGUCAUCUAUAAUAUUUCAUCGCAAAUUCAGAAGAUUUAUUUAGGUAUGAAUAAUAUAAAUUUGUUUUAGUAAGAUUGGAACUACCAACAAAGGGAUUGGACCUACAUACUCAAGUAAAUGCUUCCGAAAUGGCAUCAGGAUGGCCGAUUUGAUGGGCGAUUUUGAGGAGUUCACUAAAAGGUAAACCUUUUUGAUUUUGAACUUAUACAGAUUUUAGGUAUCGAGCUUUGGUUGCCCAUUACAAAAAACAAUUUCAAAUUGACAUCGAUGAAACCACAGAACUGGAGAAGUUCAGAGUAUGUUUUUAUCGAGUUGAUAUUUGCCCUGUUUUGGUAUUUCACUUUAUUUAUAUGCCAAAUUUUAGAAUCAUGCCAUCAAACUGCGUGAACUUGGUAUUGUUGUGGACACCGCCUUGCUUCUCCAUAAGCUCAGAGCAGAAGGGAAGACUGUUCUGGUCGAGGGAGCGAACGGCGCUCUUCUGGAUAUUGAUUUUGGAACUUAUCCAUAUGUCACUUCUUCCAAUGCGACCGUGGGCGGUGCCUGUACUGGUCUCGGUCUCCCUCCGACUUCAAUCAAACGGGUUCUCGGAGUAGUAAAGGCUUAUCAAACUCGGGUUGGAACGGGGCCUUUCCCCACAGAGCAGCUCAAUGAGAUCGGGGAACGACUUCAGUCCAUUGGCCAUGAAGUUGGAGUCACCACGGGAAGGAAAAGGCGGUGCGGAUGGCUGGAUCUCUUUUUGUUGAAGAGCUCACAAAUCGUUAAUGGAUUUACGGAGUAUGUUUUGAUAUUUUUGGAUACUUUUUCUAUUAAUUUAUAUUAUACUUCGUUUUUUAGGUACGCACUCACAAAGCUUGAUAUAUUGGAUGAUUUUGAGGAGAUCAAGGUCGGAGUUGGUUACAAAUUGAAUGGCGAGAUUUUGAGUUCACCUCCAGGUAUGUUCUCAUAUUAUAAUUGAAAUUUUAUACCUAAAUUAAAGUAAAAAGUCGUACAAGCUCUUUUGUUUUGACCUUUUUAUCCCUGAUAAUGCCAUUAUGCGAGACGUUACGUCAUUUUAUAUGAUAUAAUUUUAGCCCGCGCUGCCGACUGGGAUGUGGUUGAAGUGGAAUAUAAGAGUUUCCCCGGCUGGAAGACCCCCACUGUUGGUGCCAAGAAAUUCGAAGAUCUGCCCCCAAGGUGUCAGGAGUACAUCAGAUUCAUCGAGGACUUUGUCUCUGUCCCCAUACGAUUCAUCGGCGUCGGCCAAUCUCGGGAAGCUCUCCUGAUCCGUUAA